UAUAAUGAGGUGUGUACCUGUUUAAAAACAGUUGCUAUAUAAUAGUUAAACCUACAAUAGUAAGAUAUCGUUAAUGAAUAUUGGAUAUAUAGAGCGCAUUUCGAAAUUAAAAUUCGUCUAUUCACCUUAAUUCUUAACGAUUAUUGAGAUGAGACUGUGUUAUUGUCUAGGUAUUAUUUUGAUAAACUUUGGCUACUUAUUAGGUCUUGAAGUACGAUUAUGGCCGGUUAAUGCACGAGGAAAUGAAGGUUUUGUGGAAGUAUAUCACGAUGACACGUGGGGACUUAUUGGCAGUCCUGAAUACAGAUUUUCAGACGAGACGUCUGCAUUGUUGUGCAAGACAUUAGGAAUAAGCGACUUUGGAUACAGUUCCGGAUGGACUUCCAUAGACAACUAUGGUGGAGUAGCAUGGACAUACGGUCUAGAGUGUUAUGGUAACGAAACAGUUUUAGACCAAUGCCAUUUUCCAUACAAAUGGAAACUAGAUAGCUACACAAACAAAACAUACUGGGGCUAUAGACACGGUACACGGUUGUUUUGUGUAGAUGCCCAGAUAACUGGUGGUCCGACACAAAACAGUGGGCUUAUAGAGGCAUCGUUAGAUGGUAACACGUACUCUCUGUGUUAUGACGGCGUAGACAUGAAUGCUGCAAAUGUUGUGUGUAACCAAUUAGGAUACGAUGGAGCAAUAAGUAUAAAAAGAAAAGAACCUGGUGUGUAUCCUUUAUACAGGAAAAAAUUAUCGUGCACUGGUUGUGAAUAUUCGUUGUCCGAGUGUGACCGCUCUCAAAGUUUGACCUCUAAAUGUAUUUUUGCUGCAACUGUCACGUGCAAAGCUGUUCGAUUGGCAAGGAUGAAUCGGUAUACAGACGAGGGUCCUGUUGAAGUUUUCCACAACGGGUCUUGGGGUAUGAUCGGGGAUCCAGGAUUUAGAUUUAAUGACGAAACAGCAUCUUAUCUAUGUAACAGAUUUAAUCUGGGUAACGUUGGAUUCAGUACAACAGGUAACUUAUUGCAGACCUAUGGCAGAAAGGCGUGGCUUAGUUCUUUGUCUUGUUUAGGGAACGAAAAAGAAGUUAUGGAAUGUAGCCAUUCUCGUUUCUCGACUGUGCCAUCGUUACAGCAUACGUACAAAAGGGGGACAUGGUUGUACUGUUUUGGGUUCGAUGUGACUCAGAUGCGACUCACAGGGGGCGUAAACCAAAAUGAGGGGCGUGUCGAACUCCUUAUCAACGGUAGAUGGGGUUACAUAGCAACACAUGGCAUAGCCAAUAUGGAGACAGAUAAUGCUGCCAAGGUUAUCUGUAGAGAGAUGGGGUACAGUGGACAGGGUUCUGUGCUUUCCGAUGAAAACCAUGGUCGGAAACAUGACCUUUUCUGGAUGUCUUUCUUGAAAUGUACAGGCAACGAAAGUAGUUUACAGCAGUGCAAGUUUAAUAAAGGAUCGUCGCCUAUGGCGUACGAACACCCCUUCCAUCUUAGAGUACGAUGCAGUGGAAGAAGAGUUAGCGGAUACGAGCCCCACAUUACCGGCUGACGUAUAGGAGGGUAAAAGAUCAAAAACACCGACACAUGACAAUUACAUAUGAAACUUAUUCAACGUUGAAAUAGUUCUUUGUUUAAAAAGAAAUAAAAGAAUAGUAUCUAAAGGUUUUCUUAUUCAUUGGACAAAUAUUACACAUCAGGUUUGAAGAAUUGGCAGCAAGUGAACAAAAAACAUUAACUUAUUUCAUAAUCGAGCUUGUAUAAAUAUUUUUAAACGUUUAUUCUUUAAAUCAAAAUGUUUCCAAUAAAUCUUCCCAUAUUUAUAGGCAGUUCUAAAAAAUAAAAACUUACAAAUUCA